UCUCUCUCUCUCUCUCUCCUUAGUUCAAUCCUUCGCAACCAGAGAGGUGAGUUCCGAUUUUCUUCCCCUCUAGAACUGAUUUAUUUCGUUUAUUCACAAAUUGCUUUCAAAUUAGGGUUUUAUAAGUACGGAUGCUUUGAACAGAUCGGUUAGGUUCUGGCGAUUUGCGCAUGUUUUGUAGCUGAGAAAAGGUUUUUUCGACAGACAAACACAAAAAAAGGGUGUUUGUACUUGGUUAUGGUUUGGUUUUGCUGCUUCUCUUUGUCCUAGAGUUGUUGAGUUCCGUCGUCGUAGACUCUGAAAUUUGUUAACAUGGUUGGGUUAGGUUACUGGGGCACUCAAUCUGUCACACUUCUAUGAGUGUAGAUUUUUAACGGGUUAUUAACCUUUUUUUUUUUCAAACAAAAAAAAAAAAGAUUUUGGGGGUGAUUGUAGGGGACAACAAUGGUGAAUGACAAAGGAAAGGAUACUGUUUCUAGCUCCAAUUUAAGUCUCAAACAUGAUGAUGCAGCCGAUAAUUCUCAAAGUGAGACAACUGUGUCCAGCCCAAUGAAGUUGAAUGUUAAAGAAACUGGGGUUGUUUCUGAGAGUGAAGAUAAGGAGGAAAAUACAGGCAAAGGAGUAAUGAAUGAAGAAACUGCAAUGGUAGUUAUGAAGAAUGGAGAAAUUGCGAUAGAAGAAGAGCGGAAUGAAGAAACUGCAAUGGAGGAAGAAGAAAAACAUGAAGACAAUGUUAUGGAAGAAGAUGAAAAGAAUGAACCAAAUGCAUUAGAAGAAGAAGACGAUUAUGAAGAAGAAAAUGCAACCGAAGAAGAAGACGAAGCAGGAGAAGAAGAGGAGAAGGAGGAGGAAAAAGAAGAAGAAAAUGAGGAAAAAGCUAUUGAACCAGCAAAGACUGAAGAGAAAAUAGGAGCAGAUUCUAAGGACAAAGAAAAAAGAUCAAGAAAACGGGGCAGAAAGAAGCAGGUGGCACCAAGGGGUUCUGAGAAAGUGGCCGCUAAAUUGGAAGAUAAGCCUGGAUCAUCGAGCCAGAAAAAGGUGUCAAAAAGGGUUGAGAGCAUGGGGAUGAUUUUCAUGUGCAGUUCAAAGACAAAACAGGAUUGUUACAGCUACAAGGUUCUUGGGCUACCUGCAACCAAGAGAGAUGUUGUAAAAAAAGUUUACAAAGGGAUGAGGCUCUUUUUGUUUGAUUUUGAUCUGAGACUGAUGUAUGGGAUCUACAAAGCUGCAGGACCUGGGGGUUAUAAUAUCGAACCCAAGGCUUUCAAGUCGGCGUUUCCAUCUCAGGUUCGUUUCACCGUUUUGGACGAUUGCCUGCCUUUAGCAGAGGAGAAGUUCAGAAAGGUCAUCAAAGAUAACUACUAUUCGAAAACCAAGUUUGAUUGCCAACUGAACUCAGAACAGGUGAAGAACUUGUGUAAGCUUUUCGUUGCUGCCAGCAGAGGAUCCAACUCGAAGAAGUCAGGCAAACAUCUUAGAUCAGAAACCCGUUCAUUUGUAGACCGAGACAGAAUCAGACGGCGCAGUAGGGAUGAAGAGAGGCGUGCAGACCGAGACAGAAUCAGACGGCGCAGUAGGGAUGAAGAGAAGCGUGCAGACCGAGACAGAAUCAGGCGGCGGAGUUGGGAUGAAGAGAGGCUCUCGGAUCGUAGGUACCUUGACCAUCCGAUUGUGUAUGAAAGAGAGACAUACGCACCUACGCUAGCACCCCUGCCCCGACUUCAACCUUUACAUGCACCACCACCAAGACCAACAUAUGAUUCUUAUGGGCGGGCCCUGGAAAUGGACGUUUACAGACGGGAACCAUUCGUCGUGAUCAUCGAUAUUUGGAUUUGGAUUUGGAUGUACAGUAUCAGGAUGAGAUUGAAAGCCGUGAUCCCUAUAUCGCAUAUAGGGAACCUCCUCCAUAUCGUGAUCCUGAUCCUUUGUAUUCUGCUGCGGGUCUACCACCGGAGUACAAUCCUCCUGGACUGCGGGCAGAGUACCGUUAUCCUGUGGCACCGCCGCCAUCUGACUAUGGUCCUCCUCGACUCUUAUAUCGAUAUUAGAUGGAAAACCAAAAACUUAUAUUUCUGGGAAGUUUCUCUGGAUUUCAGUUCUCCUUAGUGAGCUUUUUAUGUUGAUGUUUUGGGUAAGUACUGAUUUGGUAUUAGUUUCAAAUUGACCUUUCAGACUUUAAACCAGUUAAUUGCUUUGUUAUCUUCUUAUUUAUA